ACAAGGAAGCACAAAUCACUGCUGUUUACAGUAAUUUAUAGGCAAGCAAGGUGUGUUAAUUAACAUAAAUGAUACCACUUAUGUAAUUUUAAAACUAUGACUUAAGUGAGUGAUUAUGGAUUUAAAUUAUGAUGAAGACUUAUCAGAAAAUCCGUUAUUCAAAGAAUUAAAAAAUGAACAUCCUGAUUUAUUAAAUCGAGCAAUUCAAGAAGGAUGGAUUAUUUGUGUCCCACGAUGUGGAACAUUUCAUCGGAAUUCAAUUACUACUGAAGAUAUUUUAUCACAUGUGUUAAUACCAAAUGAUGAACUACCAGAAACUCAUUUUCGAUCUUUAAAUAAUCGAAGUGUACGUAUGUCAAAUCGUGUGUUGACAAUAGACAAAGAAGAUACAGAAUCUACUUUUAGUACGCAUAUUAUAUUCGAAGAGACAUUUUAUACUGAAGAUUUUUUGAAAUAUAAAGUAUGGUGUUUAGAAUUCCCACUUGAAACAUCAGACAAUGUUAACGAAACAAAUAUAUAUAAUGUAAACACAUUACGUGAUUGUAUUGACUUACUUUGGACUGAAAAUUUAGGUAAGGAGAUUUUGGAAAAUCUUGAUAGCACAAUACAAAUAUUUUUAAAUGAUAUUAAUAAUAAUUUAGAGUUUGCUAGUUUACAAACACAAAUAGACUUAGUUAAUAUAUUGUAUAAAGAUUGUUUACAAAUUACGUUCCGCGAGAAACGAUUACGUGAUAAAACAAGUAGAAAUAAGUUAUUAUUAGAUAACGUUAAAUUAGCUGUUGAAACGUAUAUGCAACAUGGAAUUUAUAAAAGAUUAUUUGAAGCAAUUUGUGCGAGGACAGCAAGUGAGGAUUCAAAAUUCAACAAACUUGUACGGAAUUUAAGUGACAUACAAUUAAAAGAUUUAGAUGUGCGGCCAGAUCUUAAUGAAACUAUACCAUGUGCUAAACAAGAACUAGCUAAAAUGCCUGGUUAUAGUACCACUUUGGGUAAAGUUGGUUGUUUAAAGAAAACUAUUGUUACAAUUACAAAAACUAAUUUGCCAACUAAUCAAUUUAAAACGCUCUUAUCUGCCGACGAAUUAAUUCCAAUUAUUGUUUUUUUAAUUAUAAAAACGGGAUUGCCAAACUGGUUUGCACAAUUAACAUUUUUGAGUCAAUUUCGUUACAGUUCAAAUGAUACGGAUGAAGCAAGUUUUUUAAUAACAACUUUGGAAGCUGCAAUCGAACAUAUUCGUUCAGGAUUAUUAUUUGGUCCAUAUUCUCCAGAAAGCCAGCUAGAUGAUGAUGUGGAUGGGCAAUCUUUUGAAAUGAUCCAUGAGACACCUAUUAGUAACGAUACAAAAACGAAUGAUAAUGAAUAUUCGAUAUCGUAUUUUUUUGAGCAAAUACGAAUUGCAAACUAUGAUGAAGUGAAAUCAAUUUUAGAUCGAGAUAAUAAAACAAAUCGUUGUAAUAAUGUUUUAUUAGAGGCUCAAACAUCAAAACUAUGUCAUCCGUUAUGUUCAUGCGAUAAAUGUGAGAAAGUCUUGACAGAAAAUUUGUCUGAUUCUAUGCCAACUAUUCAUUCGUAUGAUGACAGAGGUCUCACUGCAUUACAUGUAGCAUGUUUUCAUGGUCGACCAAAAAUUGUUGAUUUACUCUUACUAUCGGGUGCUAAUGUAAGAGCAACCGAUUAUUCAGGAGCUACACCAUUACAUUAUGCUGCUUUGCGUGGGCAUCAAAAUGCGUUACUCUUAUUAUUACAUGCUCGUGCAGAUAUUAACUCCCGAGACAAUGAUAAGAACACGCCAUUACAUUUUGCUAGUAAUAAUGGCCAUGAAGGAUGCGUAAAAGCUAUGCUUUACUUUUCUGAACACUGUCCCACGAAUUUUAAUAUAAAUUGUGUAAAUAGUUUCGGCGAUACACCCUUACAUCAUGCUUCACGUUGGGGCUAUGUUGGAAUUGUUGAAAUUUUAUUAGAAUAUGGCGCACGAGCAAAUAUUGAAAAUAAAAGAAAAUUAACCCCUUUAGAUUGUGCGCAUAGUAUACAUGUAACAAAAUUAAUUUAUGAACGUAAAGCGAAACAAAACACUGUAAUUAUUCCAUUAAUACCAGAGAAUAAAAAGAGUAAUAUAAAUCCACAAUUAGAUUUUGCUGAUGAUGCAACAAAUUUAACAAUAUCAAAUUCUAAUAUUGGAAUUCGACCACAAUCGACGCAACAAAUUAAAAAAGUUGAUAGUCUGCUUAGAGCCGUAGCUUUUGGUGAUAUUAACUUAAUUUGUUAUUACUUAAAUAUUUCUCUUAAUAAAACUGAUAAGAAAUCAAAGUCUUCCAAAUGUCAUCCAUUAUGUGUUUGUGAUAAAUGUUCGACACCUUCAACAAGCAACGAUCCAACUUUAUCUCGAACGGAUAUUUUAUGUAUAAAUGUUUGCAAUUCAGAUGGCGUGACUCCAUUACAUAUAGCAGCCAUGCAUGGGUGGUUAGAAAUUACAAAAUUACUUUUAGAACAUGGUGCUCGUCCAAAUUUGGUUACAAAAUCCAAAGGAUUUACACCAUUACAUUUAUGUUGUCAGCACAGAAGACCAUUAAUAGCUGAAGUUUUGGUUAAUUCUGAAUUGUGUUCUAUUAAUCAACAAGAUAAUCGAGGAAAUACAGCAUUACAUUAUGUUUGUCAUAUUGGAGAUUUACGUUUGGCUGAAAUUUUAAUAACGGCUGGUGCAAAUCCAUUUUUUAAAAAUAUUGACGGAAUUACACCGAUUGAUGAAGCUGAAGAACGUAUUUAUAUUAGUUUAGUAAAUUAUUUGAAAAAUUCUGUUAAAAAAGUCUAA